UCUCGAACAAUAUAACCUCACUUUUGAAUAUUUUUGAGUGCUUUGUAUUAGUUUUAUUUUGAAAUAGAUUUUAAAUAUUCUAAAAUUUUGCAAAAUGAACAGUGAAACUGCAAUUAAUUCGGCUGAUUUUUUGCUUCGUGAACCUGUGACAGCCAAAGUCGGGGUAGAGAAAAUAUCCCAAAAGAAGGAAAUUCUUAAACAAGAACUCCAGUUUUUACGGUUGUCUGAGUCAGAUCAAGAGCAGGUUUUAGAUACCUUAAAAUAUAUUCAUGGACCGGAUUUUAAAUUAAAUAGUAUAGAUGAUUACAGUGACACGAGGUCAAAUUUACUAAAGAAAUAUUGGGUCGGGCAGGGUAGUCUGGUGGUUAGAGGUGUUUGUGACUAUUCACAAGUUAGAAGUGAUCAAGAACAUGAAGAAGAACGGUUAAGAUCUUUUGGAAUAAUGCGGCUUAAAAGUUAUGGUUUCCAUGAAAGUCAUUGUGUCGAAGCAUUUGAAUACUGUAAUGGCGUUCUAGAUGAUGCACUCGUUCUCUUAUACUCGAAGUAUUUUAAAGUUGGAAAAAUUAAUUUGAAUGAAAAUUUUUCGGAGUUUGACGUUAGCGAUAUGCGCGCCGAUGAAAAAAGUUCACUGGAAUCGAUUUACGAUAACUGUUUUCGAGAAAAAACUGGAGACGUCUGGAUUGUAACUCAAAACGUAGAUUUUCUUUACAACAUAUUUCACAGUAAAAAGAAUACUGAGCAUUCACAAAAUUUUCACAAAAAGAAAAUAGAUAAAUGUAAAAACUUCUUAAGAGGUGUGCCAUGUAAAUACGGAAAUAAAUGUCGAUUUUCUCACGAACCCGACAAAAUUGAACCUGACAAAAAUAAUCAUUUUUCACCCAGUUUUAAUCUGGAGUUUCGGUUUCCAAAAAACACAAAAUAUCCAUACGAACCCCCUUUAAUAUUUCUCAAAUCAAACGCUUGUCUUCCUGCAUUGGUUGAACUGCAUAUUUGUAAAAGAUUAUUUCAAGAAGCGCAAAUCUUAGCCGAAGAUGGUAUCCCUUGUGUUUAUUCAGUAACUGAAUUAUUAAAAAACGAAGAAGAAAUAAAGGAAUUCUUGAAAAUAGAAGUGGACUUUCUUCACCCCAGACAGAAACUAUUUAGUAAAGCCAAAGUUGCAGAAGUAAAACGAAUGAGACCAUCUCACUACAAAAAAGGAGCUACCAACAGAGACAACAAAAAACAAAUAAGUUCUGAGGAAUUGAUGAGAGAGGACAUGAGAAUUGUAAAUGAAUUUAAAACCAAACUAUCCAAUCCAAAGUAUAUUAAAAUGGUUCAAGGGAGACAGCAAUUGCCGGCAUGGAUUUUAAAAAAUGAUAUUUUGAAUUCCAUAUUGCAAAGUCAAGUCGUGGUGAUAAGUGGGGAAACUGGCUGCGGUAAGAGUACACAAGUGCCACAGUUUAUUAUUGAUGAUUGGAUCACAAAUUAUAAGAAUAAACAUUUGGAAAUUGUGUGUACACAACCCAGGAGGAUAUCAGCUAUUGGUGUUGCUGAAAGGGUAGCAGAAGAAAGAGUGGAAAGAAUUGGAUCUACAGUUGGUUAUCAAAUUAGAUUAGAAAGCAAAAUUUCUUCUAGUACACGACUCACUUUUUGUACUACAGGUAUUUUGUUAAGACGACUAGAGAGCGAUCCAACACUGCCCAAUGUUACUCAUAUCAUUGUUGAUGAAGUUCAUGAAAGAAGUGAAGAGAGUGACUUUUUACUUUUGAUAUUAAAAGAGCUUCUGCCUAUUCGCCCAGACCUUAAGGUGAUUCUUAUGAGUGCCACACUAAAUGCAAAUCUUUUCUCAACAUAUUUUGGUAAAAUACCCAUUGUCAGCAUUCCUGGCAGAACUUUCCCCGUCGAACAAUACUUUCUGGAAGACAUUUUGGAAGAGACUGGCUAUGUUUUGGAAGAUGGAUCUGAAUAUUGCAGAAAAAUACGAAAUGAUUCGGAUUAUAUUGAAGCUGUCAUGGCAAGCCAUGACGUUGGAGAGCCUAAACCUAAAGAUAACAUUAAAGAUGAGAAUUUAAGCGUGCAACAGAUUGUAGCAAGAUACGAUGGUUUCAGUUUAAAAACUUGUAAGAAUCUAUUUCUGAUGGACCCCGAGAAAAUUAACAACGAUCUUAUCGAAUCAGUGUUACUAUGGGUAGUAAACGGAAAUCACAACUAUCCCAGACAGGGCAGUAUUCUAGUAUUUCUGCCAGGCAUUGGGGAGAUAACCUCACUGUUUGACCAGCUGGUAGUUCACGAGGAAUUCGGCAGGAGACGUGGAAAAUACGUUAUUCUUCCAUUGCAUUCCUCAUUGACCAGCGAAGAACAAUCAGCAAUUUUCCGUAAGCCAAAACCAGGCCAGAGAAAAAUUGUUCUGUCUACAAAUUUGGCCGAAACGUCAGUGACGAUAGACGAUUGUGUGUUUGUUGUGGACACGGGAAAAAUGAAGGAAAAGCAUUUCGAUUCGAACCGGAACAUGGAAAGUUUGGAUACGGUCUGGGUCACUCAGGCUAAUGCUUUACAAAGGAAAGGCAGGGCAGGUCGUGUUAUGCCAGGAGUUGGUAUCCAUUUGUACACCAGGCACAGAUUUAAGCAUCACUUUUUAAACCAACCCGUACCGGAAAUUUUGAGAAUCCCAUUGGAACAGUUAAUUUUAAAUAUAAAAGUCUUGCCGAGUUUUGAAGGGAGGGAUAUUUUUAGUGUUUUAUCUUCGUUUAUAGAACAACCAAAUGUAGAGAGCAUAACAUCGGCCAUUAAGAGAUUGCAGAGUGCAGGGGCGAUAGAUAAAAAUGAAAUUUUGACAGCUCUGGGGCACCAUCUUGCCGCUCUACCCGUAGAUGUAAGAAUAGGAAAAUUGAUAUUGUACGGCGCAAUAUUUGGCUGUGUGGACGCGGCCUUAACUAUGGCCGCCUGUUUGAGUAACAAAUCACCAUUCGUAUCGCCGUUUGAAAAGAGAGACGAGGCAAACAAGAAAAAACUGUCAUUCUCGGCUGGAUAUAGCGAUCAGAUUACAGUUUUGAUGGCUUAUAAGAAAUUUCUGGCUGUAAAUCAAAAAAGUGCGACUGGUGCUCGGAAUUUCGCUAACGAAAACUAUUUGUCCUACAAGACAUUACUCACCAUUGCCGAUAUAAAAUAUCAGUUUUUGGAAUAUCUGGUGAACAUUGGUUUUAUACCUGUCGAUUUAAAUGGUGUUAGGAGACGCAUGGGUCAGGAUAUAGUGGAGGAACUAACGGGAUCAGCGUUUAACGUGAAUGGAGGAAAUCUCAGAUUACUUUCAUCAAUAAUUUGUGCAGCACUUUACCCUAAUAUUGUAAAAGUUUUAACUCCUUCUAAAACUUUUAUACAAAGUUCUGCUGGUGCGGUACCCAAGGAAAACGACGCAAAAGAUAUAAAAUUUGCUACUCCCAAUGAACUGGUCUUCUUGCAUCCAAGUUCGGUCAAUUACAAAGUAACAAAUUAUCCCAGUCCGUAUAUGGUCUAUCAGGAAAAAGUGCGAACCAGCAGAGUAUUCUUUAGGGAUUGCACUAUGAUUCCUAUCAUACCUCUAGUUUUAUUUUCCGGCGACUCAGAAAUAAUGGUUCAAAACGGAAACACGUUCUUAUCCCUGGAAGAUGGCUGGAUCUUAUUUCAGGUGGAAGAACAUAAGGUUGCUGAGAUGAUUAAGUUAAUCAGAAUCGAGCUGUAUGAUCUAUUGGAGGAAAAAAUAAAAGAUCCCCUACUCAACCUUCUCCACAACGAUCGUGGAGAAAAAGUGAUUAAUACUAUUCUAAAAUUAAUCUCAGCGUGAUUAUUUCGAUUUACACGUGAUUUCUGUAAAUAAUCGUAACAUUAUUUUGUUGAAUGAUUAAACCUAAAAAACUGUAUAUUUGUAUGUAUUUCUUGUCUUAUUCUAAAAAAUAGUAUUUUUGUUAAAUAAACUUUUAUAUCAGUGUUA